AUGGAUUCAGUUGCUCUUGUGCCCGAAGGGGCCUCGGCCGACGGCUUCAGACCCCGAGAACUAUCACCAACCACGACGAACAAGGAUCCCUCCCCUCCUAAGAAGACGAAUAUUAGAAAAAGAACCAAGACCGGAUGCCUGACGUGCCGAAAACGCCGCAUCAAGUGCGACGAAGGAAAGCCCAUUUGUCAGAAUUGUAUCAAGUCAAAGCGCCAAUGCGAAGGCUAUAACACGCGUGUUGUUUUCAAAAACCCUAUGGGAGCGCUUCCUGGAGGGCCCUUCGGACCUAUUCCUCACUAUCAUCCGGACCCAACUGAGGCUCUCGUCAAUGCCCAGUUGUCUUCGACACACGCCAAAGCAUCCUCAUCGUCACAAGGGCCCCUUCCUUUCAUCGCGCCAAAGCCUCCCAGUCUGGACUUUGGGAGUGCUGAGCACUAUCAAUACCUUGCAGCAUUCCCUGGCCCGUUCCCGAGGGCCAAUCCCCCGAAUGCGCCUGGGUUAGGCGUCCACCAGCAACAGUACUUCAUGGGCCAGAUGUCCCCUGAUCUGUUUCUCGCACAGCAACCUAAUCACUUGAUGGAUUCGCCAGUGCAGAUGAACCAGCCUGAUUUACUCGACUUCUAUGGCCCGUCCCAUCCGCCGAGCCAUCCGCUGCCUCAGGGCUCCGUUCCGCCAGCCCCCAUCCAUACCAACUUUGCAAGUAUGGACAGGCUUGACGAUUCGGCAAUAUUGCCAAUAUCACCACCUUUCUCUCAGCCUGCUUCGGCCAAGACUGAUGCGGGAGACGUUAAAACGGAGGGUUGGUUCACUGAUGAGGACGAUGCCUCACUUGGCCUGAUGGAGGAUGGGCAGUCGCCAAACAGUACUAUUGAAGUUUCUGGGCUUGCAAUGACGGAUCGUCUGAAAUCUCCCCUUGAUCCAUAUGGAACACAAACAAAUCCAUGCUAUGGGCUUCCUGCGGACAACGUACUGGCCAACUACGCGCCAUCGCCCACGGAUACACCCUUGAACGACCCACAGACGGCUGAGGUGUUCUGGUAUUUUGUUACCAUGACGGCCCCCUCGCUGUCCAUGUACGAGCGCAAUGCAGCCGAUCCGUCACGAACCUUCUCGGGUGACGCUGUCCUACCACCUCAUCGCCACAUAUGGACGUAUAUCCUGCCACUCGCGUCUCUGCAACACCCGGCUCUUCUUCAAGCGAUACUCGCCAUAGGGAGCCUUCAAAUGGCCGUCUUGAAGAAUGAUGUGCCGACGGCGUCGUGGCUGCACUACGGCUUGUGCACCCGUCGCAGCUCCAAGAACUAUCGAAGUGCAACAAGAAGAGCCGAGCCCGCCACACUGGCUGCCACGCUAUUGCUAGGCUUCUACGAAGUGUGGUCCAGCAAUCAUGAGAAGUGGUGCACACACAUGCUUGGGGCGCGACAGCUCAUCAAGGAAACACCGUUCCGAGAGAUGAGCAGGCAGAUACUGGGAAUCCACCAGAAGAGGCGGCAGCAUCUCCUUGCACGGCGGACGCAGAACCAAUAUGGUGACUUCUCACCACAAGACAGCAACUCAAAUCACGAAAUUGCAGACAUCGACCUGGGCUUGGUCAAAGACUUGUCAGGGAAUCCCGUGAAUUUUGUGAAUGGUACAAGUGGGCCGGCUGCCCACUCAAAGACGAGGCACUGUACUGAACGCGAUAUCGAAAGUUUUGAGCACAUGAUGGACCUAUACUGGUGGUUCUGCAAGAUGGAUAUCUACCAGAGUACGCUAGGGGCUUCCAAGCUAUUCAUGGAAUUCGACCUGUGGACGCAGUGUCCCCCACGCGCACCGAUAAAUAGGAUCCACCAAGUAUACGGGACUUUCGAUCAUCUUCUACUCGUUUUGGCUCGGCUGUGCAACUUUGUUGCCAAUGACUUGCCACGCAAACGAAAGGCCAGGGAACAGGAAAACGGCACAAGCCCAAGAAGCCAGAACUCACCACCCCUAUUUGCCGGCAUGUUCCCGGGAAGGGGUGAUAUAAGAUUGCCCAGAGGCCUCAGCCCGCCGCAGGAGCCAUUCCCGUCGGCCGAGCAGAUGCACGACGCCUUGGACCUCGAGACCAGCACGCAGAAGGCCCUGGAGGAGUGGAACGGGAUAAUGCAAGCGUUCCAGCUGUUCAAGAGCAGCCUCGGGCCCGACUUCGACCCCCUCAACGGUGACGCCCACCCGCCCGAGGAUACGCCUUUUGGCCCGGCCUUGACGUACCACGCAUAUGCCGUCGCGGGCAUCUGGAUGAACUUCUACAUGGGCCUGGUCAUACUGCACCGCGCGCACCCGAGCAUGCCGCCGUUCGCGAUGGUGGCGGCGCACAUGAUCGCCAAGGAGACGGACCCUUAUGCCAACGAGAUCGGGCGGAUCGCGGCGGGCGUCGCUGGGAAUCUGUGCGUGGAUAGCGUGGUCAGCGCGCCGCAGUCCUCGGCGCUGAUCGAGUGCUGUUUCCCCAUCUUUGUCGGCGCCGUUCAGUACCGAGGAAAGCUCCAGAGACAAUGGGCAAUCAGGCUGCUCCACCAGAUCACAAGACACACCGGCUGGCAGACGGGGGACCAGAUCGCCAGCGGAUGUGAGGGGGCGUGGCGCAAGGCUGCGGCCAUGGGCGUCGCGCCUCCGUAUGAGCCCGAGUCGGAGUCGGACGCGCUCCGGCAGGGCUGGACGACACGCAGGCUUGACGAGCGGAUUCAAGAGGUGGACGAAGGGCAUAACAGGCCGGUGCUACAGAGGUCGGACCGGGCACACGUCGCGUUUGGGUUGCUCAGCGUAGAAGACGACAUGGAGAGGCUGACUUUAGAGGACUAA